GUACAUGUCGCGACAUUCUUCUCAUUAUUUAAAUUUAUCUUAAGCUUAAGUAUUGCUUCUUCGUCCUCCAGUACUAGUAACCACAUAAGUGAAGCUACUACAACACUCAAGUAACGGUCAUCUUGAUUUCUCCCCUGCCAAGGGCCAAGGUAUUGCCAACAACCCAGCUGCCUUGGCUUAGAAGCGUCAUCUCAACAAUGGCGUCACAACGCCCUCGAAAUCAGGAGAUGCUUAGAUUCUGCAAAACAUCGCGCAUGUUUCCUUCUUUCUACUCACCAUUUGCUGCGAAAAUAUCAGAUCGGGGGAGAUUGGCCUCAAGUUUCUUUCCAGCGUGUUCAUCAGCGAGAAUGCCCGCGCGACCUUGAUUCUUCGAACGCCUGCUGGGUGACGGUUCCCCUUCCAAGACCAGUCGACACAUUCUGUCUUUAUCGCGAAGCAACGAUCAAACCGCACUCAAUGAUAUUCAAGCGCCGACAGAAAGACCAAAAGGGUCAUGCAAGUAGGGCGCGCAGAUAUUGGCCCGUUUUCGCUGCUCUUGCCUUGAUCAUAAUUCUGCUUGUUGCCCUUCUACCGCCGCUCCUUCUCAGACGUGCAAAGGCAUCGGAUUCUGCCCCGCUAGGCUUGACUAUCGAAACAACAGCAGGUCCUGUCACGGGUUUUGUUGAUGACACGACUCCCAAUGUCGCUCAAUUCCUUGGGAUCCCGUAUGCCGAGCAACCUGUUGGGGAGAGACGAUGGCUUCCAGCCGUUACAAAGGCGCGGGAAGAGUCCAUCGACGCUACAAACUUUGGCAAGAAUUGCCCGCAGAUUGAGGACAACUCCCCCGGAAUUACUCGAAAUGAUGUUCCUGAAUUCAUAGUGCCUGUGGACGACAUUGGCGAAGAGUGCCUUGUGCUAAAUGUCUGGGCACCACGAGGUAGCAAGAAAGGAAGGACGGAACGGUUACCCGUCAUCGUAUGGAUAUACGGCGGUGGAUUUCAGAAUGGAGGAGGCAAUGUACAGUAUCUGAAUCCCAGUCGAUGGGUCAAUCGCAGUCAGAAACUCGUCGUAGUCGGCAUCAACUACCGAUCAAAUAUUUUCGGAUUCCCCAACGCAAGGGGAUUAAAGUCUAAUGAACAGAACCUUGGACUCCUCGAUCAGCGACUUGGCCUUGAAUGGAUCAGAUCAAACAUUGAGAACUUUGGAGGAGAUCCAUCACGCAUCUCUCUCUGGGGUCAUUCCGCUGGUGCCGUAGCUGCAGAUCUCUACAACUUUGCGUACCCGGACGACCCAAUUAUUGCUGGGUUAAUAUUAUCCUCUGGGAGCACAUUCUUCAACAUUGCCUCUAAUGACCGGGAACAAACGAACUUCACGUUUGUCGCUUCACAGCUUGGUUGUGGAGAGCUCGGUCCUCAAGAAGAACUUGACUGUUUGCGAAAGGUCAGUUCAGAGGAAAUUACAUCCUUCCGCAAAGAUUACAAUAGUGCGCCCGGCAUCUCUUUCAACCCCAUUAUCGAUAAUUCAACCAAAUUUUCCAAUAACACAGCACGUGCGUACGACGGGAAGUUUGCGAAGGUACCCGCUAUAGCAGGCUCUACUACCAACGAGGGCGCACUCUUUCAGCCCUAUAACCGCACGCAUGGCCCUAACCAGGCUAGUGCAAACAGAACUACUCUGUCCCUGUUUCAUUGUCCUGUAGUCGGAACCACACAACUAAGGCACUCUGUCGAGGCACUUACAUUCAACUAUCUAUAUGGCGGGAACUUUUCCAAUAUUUCUCCCCAGUGGUGGCAGGGUGCGUAUCAUUCUGCUGAAUUGCCAUUACUCUUCGGCACACAUGGAAUCGCGAGAGGCACAUCUCCACGUUUUGAAGUCGAGGUUUCAGAACAAAUGCAAGAUUUCUGGCUCGCAUUUGCAGAGGAUCCAGUCAACGGGCUACCGAAGCUCGGGUGGGACGCGUCCGCGCCCGGCGGAGAUGGCAUCUUAAUAGGUUGGGAAGGUGAAGUGACCCAGCGUAUCUCGCAGAGUAGGUUGGAGGAGCCGUGCGAUGGCCCAAGAGCGAAAGAGGAUGGUAGGCCACCACCAUAGAGCCUGUAUCCCUUUCAUUGGUGUAUUAGUCGUACAGGUUAACCCGAAAGAAUAUACACCUUGGUGACAGCGUUUUAACUGUUGUCCUCUUUUCUAUUCUGACUUGCCAUUGUUGAUCCGUUUUCUCUUCUCAUCCGAACCCAUUAUACCUAGCCUAGGUCGGAACAGUGCAUUGGAAUUCAAACAUCGGACAUGAUAUGAACGCCAACGUGAAAUACUGUCACAUUUUGUCGAUGCUAUGACUUAAAGUGGUCGGAAUACGGAGACCUGCC